AUGUUCGACAACAUUACCUUUUCAUCCCGGCGGACGCUGCUCCUCCUCGCCGUUGCCGCACCUGCUGCAUCUGUGCUCCUCAUAAGGGCAUACAUCAUGCGCGACACGUCCAGCUACACAUCAGGCCGGUUAUCAAAAAGAACUACAGCACAAAAAACAGAUAGGGCGAUCUCAGCCCCAGUCUCGACCUUGGACCUCACACCUCCCCUCCCACAGUCUUUCCCUUCCUCCGUGGCAGCCAAUGACUUCGCCGACCACAUUGUCUGGCACGAACGUGUCGUCUCUAAACCCGUGCUCCUGUCCGCCUUAGUAGGUCGCGAAUGGGACGAGCAGGAGGUAGACGAGAUUCUCACCCGCUACGUCCGCGGCACGAUGUGCGCCUUCGCGAAGACGCCACAGUCCGGCCUUCUCUGGAAGAUGGUACCCGCGGAUGUUCGCCUUACCUUUGAGAAAGGGUAUAUUGACACAAUGGAUUUUCGGCAGGUAGGGCAGCGGGUGGAUGGGGUAUAUACCGUCCAGCACCGCGGCGCUGGCCCCGAGGGCAUCCAUGGGCAGCGGGUGGAGUUGAGGCUGGAUGCUCCUGAGGGGUAUACUGGGCCCAAGUCCGAUGGCAUGAUCGUUGCUUCUGUCGAGGCUGCUGGAGGGGAUGCGACGGGCUUGGUGGUCUUUGCGAAUGAGACGUGGCUCUGGCGGAGGAGGGACGGUGAGAAGCCGACGCUUCUGGAGAGCGCUGUUGGGCGGUGGCUUCAUUCUCUUAUGGCGGCCUGGCUUAUCAGGGAGGGAGUCUCUGCACUCCAGGUAAAUUCGGUUCCAGUCAAGUGA